AUGGCUUUUCUGCAUUCAAACUCAUGCGAGUGCAUCAAAUCCGAAUUAGAUUUAUUUACUUUACCACCAACGCAAACGUCAGUGGAAAAUUCACAAUUCAUACAUUAUAAGCCCGUUUCAUCUCUUACCGACGAUGGACCAUUGAAAUUUGUCGUUCCAGGAGGAAGUGAUUAUCUUGAUCUUGCGCAUACAAUGCUCAGCAUACGCCUGCAGAUAUUACCUAAUGUUGAAAUUGCGGCUAAUGAGAGUACCAGAGAGUACUCUAAGGUAGCACCAGUGAAUAAUCUUUUACACUCACUCUUUAAUCAGAUAGAUGUGUUCUUUAAUCAAAAACUAGUAUCGCCUCCAAAUAAUGCAUAUCCAUACCGUGCAUACAUCGAAACACUGCUAAAUUAUUCAGCGCCUACAAUGAAUUCUCAUCUUACAUCAGCACUCUGGUAUUUAGAUACUCCUGGUAAUAUGGAGACACCACCCAACAUUCCAGUCACUGAUCCAACAGCAAAUAAGGGAAACGUUUAUCGUCAGUAUUUUUCAAUUAACGGCCAAACUGUUGAUCUAAUUGGACAUUUACAUUGCGAUGUUUUUAAUCAAAAUAAGUUUUUGCUAAAUGGUGUUGAACUACGCUUACGAUUAGUGAGAAGUAAGGAUGCUUUUUGCUUGAUGCAUGCAUCUGAUAACGACAAAUUUAACGUACAUAUUAAAGAAGCAUCACUGAUUGUACGUCGUGUUAAAGUGAGUCCAGGGAUUAUGUUAGCACAUGCGAACACUCUCGCAAAAGCCACGGCUAAAUAUCCAAUAAAUCGUGUAGAAGUAAAAGCAUUUACAUUGCACAGUGGUGUUCAUGGCGAUACACUUGACAAUGUUAUCCUAGACCAGAUUCCUAAAAGAAUAAUCAUCGGUUUCGUAGAUAAUAGAGCAUUUAAUGGGAAUAGAAAGUUCAAUCCUUUUAAUUUUCAACAUUUCAACAUAAACUAUCUUUCACUUUAUGUGGAUGGAGUACAGAUUCCCAGCAAACCGCUACAGCCACGAUUUACAGGGAGUAAACCAAUAUUCGUAGAAUGUUAUCACACAUUAUUCUCUGGUACGGAAAUACACUUUCUGAAUGAAUCACUGACAGUUACACGAACAGAUUACAAUAAGGACUAUUGCUUUUUUGCUUUUGAUCUAACACCUGAUUUAUCUGCAAACUUAGCGUUUCAUUGGAAUCUUAUCAAGCAUGGUAGUGUUCGAGUAGAAGUCAAAUUUGAACACGCUCUAGCAGCAACAAUUAACUGCAUAAUUUAUGCCGAAUAUGACAAUGUCUUGGAAAUAGAUUCAAGUCGACAAAUCAUAACGGAUUUCAAUGCUUAG